UCUAGACAUUCUUUAAGCUCUGCAUUCAUUCUCUAUUUCCCUCCAGAAAGGUUGUACCGAUUUACAGUUUCACUGGCAAGAUAUGAGGGCUCCUUGUAUCGCAGUCCAACCCCAGCUCAUUUCUUAGUAUAGGUUUGUUUUUAGGAUGGUCGGGCUCAAAGCAGAACUAAGAGAUCUGCCGUUUUGGACACGGCCGAGGCGCGCAGCUCCCGGGGCCUGGAACGCGCUCUGAGUACGCCGGUCCCUUCAAGGUUGCGCGGGCUCCCGACGAGACCCGGCCCAGCCGGGCACCCCCGCGCGCUCCCGGAUCUCGCCGGCCUCGCGCCGGCCGGUUGCCAUGAGAACCACGGAGCCUCGGAACGCCCGCAGACUAGCCUGUAUCUGAGGGGGCGAGGGAUACCGAGGCCCAGGCAUGGAGCUGCCGGAUCCGGUGCGCCAGCGGCUGGGAAACUUCAGCCGGGCUGUGUUCACUGAUUCCAAUCGGACCGGUCCGGAGUACAGUGAGGGUCCCGAAAAUGAAAUGGUCUCCAGUUUGGCAUUGCAGAUGUCACUUUAUUUUAAUACCUACUAUUUCCCACUGUGGUGGGUGAGCAGCAUUAUGAUGCUUCACAUGAAGUAUUCAAUCUUGCCUGAUUACUACAAAUUCAUUGUGAUCACUGUUAUCAUCCUAAUAACCUUAAUUGAAGCCAUCCGGUUGUAUCUGGGCUACAUGGGUAACCUACAGGAAAAGGUUCCUGAGUUGGCUGGCUUUUGGCUUUUGAGCCUUCUAUUGCAGUUACCUUUAAUUCUUUUCUUGCUCUUUAAUGAAGGCCUAACAAAUCUGCCCUUGGAAAAAGCGAUACAUAUCAUCUUCACUCUCUUCCUUGCUUUCCAAGUUGUUGCAGCAUUUCUUACCUUAAGGAAAAUGGUUAAUCAGUUGGCAGUUCGUUUCCACCUCCAAGACUUUGACCGGCUCUCUGCAAACAGAGGAGACAUGAGAAGGAUGAGGUCAUGUAUAGAAGAGAUCUGACCCAGUGUUGAGUGAAAAUCUGACAGAUCAUUCUAGAAGACUGUAAGAGUUAGGAAAGUAUCAGAGCUCUAAUAUGAGAAAAGGGACAAAGCAAUUGUUUUGUAUACACUCACUCUGAAAUUCCAAGGUUGGGGGCAAUGAUGAAACUUUGUACAAUGUAUGAAUCAGUAUAUUAGCCCCAAAACCUAGAUGUUGUCUACCUGAUGCCAAAUUUCUUAAUGUUUUUUGAUGUUGUCUUUUUCAGGAGUGUAGAAAUGUAUGUAUUGGUGGUUGUCAUUUGCCAGCUCUCCUGUAGUAAUUCUGGUUAGAAUCUGUAACUAGAGAUGUGUCCAUUUCUUUAAAACUUGUUGGUUGUCCGUGUCUUGGCUGUACAUAUGACCAUGUUUCUUGACAUGGAAAUGCCAGUCAAUGUUCCUAUGUAUCUGACUAUAUUUAUAAACCAAGAGACCCGCCAGGCGCGGUGACUCACACCUGUAAUCCCAGCACUUUGGGAGGCCAAGGGGGGUGGAUCACGAGGUCAGGAGAUCGAGACCAUCCUGGCUAACACGGUGAAACCCCGUCUCUACUAAAAAUACAAAAAAAAAAAUUAGCCAGGUGUGGUGGCGGGCACCUGUAGUCCCAGCUACUUGGGAGGCCAAGGCAGGAGAAUGGCGUGAACCUGGGAGGCAGAGCUUGCAGUGAGCCAAGAUCAAGCCACUGCACUCUAGCCUGGGCAGCAGAGCGAGACUCUGUCUCAAAAAAAUAAAUAAAUAAAAAAUAAACCAAGAGACCAAAUUUUCAUGUCUGCUAGGGUUAAAUUCUAACCCUAAUAUUAGCUGUUAUACUGAGAUUAAGAAGAAAACAGGUGGAUUGCCUUGGUAUUUAGGAAAUAUUUUUGUUAUAAAAUUAUAACUUUCAUAAAACCAUAUUCAGUAUUUGUAAUGGUGGUAUAUAAAAUGCUUUUACAAUAAAUUAUUAAAUAUUUAAGGUAUCAACAACAGAUCAUCCUUGUCUUAUGCAAUUUUUUGGGGCUAUAGAUUUGUGUUUUUUAUUACAGAGUUGCAAGGGAAGGAAGGAAAACAAAUCCUAGAGAGCUUUCUAUGUAGUGGGCACUGUAGUAGGCGUUUUAAAUUAGCACUUGUGAUCUCAUCUACUAGGUUAUCGGUCACCAAAGAACUGCUUCAUACCCAUUAAAUUCACAUGAGGCUUGAUUUGGAAACCAGAGCGCCUCUUAAUACAUAUGAGAGCUAAGAUGGCCAAAGGGACUAUACUCAUGAUCCUGAAUAAGCAUGCUCCCUUGCUAAUAGGAGAAAUCUAUUUUAGGAGAUUUGGUUAAGAACAAAGUUGCUUGGAUUAUCCGAACAUUAUAUUAGUGACUGUUGGACUGUCUUAAAGGAUAUGAUACGUUCAUUACAGGUUUUCUUUUUUUCUAUAGGGAAAUGGGCCUUCAUAAUGUAUUUCACUGAGAGACAGUUGUAGCUGCAUUAAACAUUGCUCUUUUCAA